AUGCACACAUCUCCCAAGCACAGCGCUCCAAGCACCCAGUAUGUGCACAAAGAAGGGAAUGGGGACAUUUCGGAACCACACUCCCGAUUAAAAGAGGAAGAUCGUGACUGGCACAUAAAGAACUUCUGGAGUACAAUCCAUGGCUGCACUUGGACAGAUCUGUCCACGUGGCCGCAGUGUACAGGUGAAGAGAAUGUUACCAGCUUCAAAUUGUCCAAGGACACGUAUCUCUCGCCAACAUGGGGUUACAGCAUAUACAAUGCAGUAUACGCCGUGGCUCACGCUCUACAUGCCGCAGUGUCACGUCAGCCCCUGGGCAAUUUAAGGGGCUCCCAGUCAUGGCAGCUCCUCCCUUUCUUGACAAACGUAAACUUCACGAACCCCGCUGGAGAGGAUUUGUUCUUCGAUAAAAACGGGGACUUGGCAGCAAGAUAUGACAUUCAGAACUUGAUCUUUUCGUCUGAUAAAACCCUGUCUCGUGUCCCUGUUGGAUCUUUUCGCCCUCGAGCUGCUUUGACGCACGAGCUCGUCAUAAACAAGAGCGCCAUCCAGUGGCCUAGCAGCUUCAAACAGAUUCCCUCUUCAGUGUGCAGCCAAAACUGCCCUCCUGGAUAUCGAAAGAAAAUCCGCAGAGGGGAGCCAGACUGCUGCUUUGACUGCGUGCCCUGUACGGCUGGAGAGGUUUCCAACCAAAGUAACAUGGAAACUUGUUUGAAGUGUCCAGAAGACCAGUACGCAAACGAGAACAGGGACCAAUGCUUCCCGAAAACCAUUGUUUUCCUAGCCUAUGAUGACCCCCUGGGGCUAACCUUGGCAUCUCUGGCAAUCUCCUUCUCCCUCCUCACCACCUGCGUUCUGGUGACAUUUGUCCAGUACCGCGACAGCCCCAUCGUCAAAGCCAACAACCGCCAUCUUAGCUACGUUCUCCUCAUCUCGCUCCUUGUCUGUUUUCUCGCUUCCUUGAUGUUUAUCGGCUGUCCUCUGAAAGGGACCUGCCUGCUACAGCAGACCAUCUUUGCGGUUGCUUUUGCUGUGGCCAUCUCUUCCGUCUUGGCUAAAACCAUAACAGUGGUCUUGGCCUUCAAGGGCCCCGAGAUGGGCCACAGACUGAGGACCUUCUUGAGCAAUAGGAUAUCCUAUUAUGUUGUCCUUUUCGGGGCCCUCGUUCAAGUCCUUCUUUGCUCUGUCUGGCUGGGAACAUCUCCUCCUUUCCCUCAGAAAAACACCCAAGCAGAGAUCAAGCAGAUUGUGGUCCAGUGUAAUGAAGGAUCUGUUGGUAUCUUCUUUGGCACACUGGGCUACCUGGGUUUUUUGGCUGCCAUCAGCUUCACAGUUGCCUUUUUGGCCAGGAGGUUGCCGGACUCUUUCAAUGAAGCCAAACACAUCUCUUUCAGUAUGGUCGUUUUUUGCUGCGUCUGGAUUUCCUUCGUUCCCGCAUACCUCAGCUCUCAAGGGAAGACUGCCGUUGCCAUAGAGAUCUUCUCCAUUUUGGCUUCCAGUGCUGGAAUUCUGGCCUGUAUCUUUACUCCAAAACUCUUCAUUAUUUUGGUGAGGCCGGACAGGAACAGCAAGAAAUAUCUGAGGAGGAAAUGAAAUCCCUUCUAUCUAAUCCGUGGGCCCUUUUUGUUUUAGGUUGAACAGUCAGCCCCCAUAUAAUGUGUGAUUGGUAAAAAUACCUGU